AUGUCCAUGAAUGCAAACACCAUGAUUUUCAUGAUCCUGGGCGCCUCUAUCGUUAUGGCAAUAGCUUGCUUGAUGGACAUGAAUGCGUUGCUGGACAGGUUUCACAAUUACAUCUUACCGCAUCUGCGAGGGGAGGACCGGGUCUGUCACUGCAACUGUGGGAGGCAUCAUGUCCAUUAUGUCAUUCCCUACGAUGGGGAUCAGUCGGUGGUGGACUCCUCAGAGAAUUACUUUGUGACUGACAAUGUAACCAAGCAAGAGAUUGAUCUGAUGCUGGGACUUUUGCUGGGCUUUUGUAUAAGCUGGUUCCUGGUCUGGAUGGAUGGGGUCCUGCACUACGCCGUGCGAGCCUGGAGAACCAGCCGACGGUAUGACAAUUCCUGGUCUUGGAUUCCAAAAUUUUGUAACCUAAAGGAGUUCAGAAAACGUCACCACAGGCAGUAUGAGGAGGCAACUGGGAACAUGGUGCACAUCAAACAGAAGCUGUACCAUAACGGGCACCCCAGCCCACGGCACCUCUGA